CUCUUUCACCACAUCGUAUCUUUAAGACGUUAGCCUAGCUUAACAGAGCAACAACACAGUAGCACGGACAGGGCCAGUUAAAAAAAAGAAACAUACCAAAAUCACAGCCGCGGCAGUAACACAGCAGCCACCGCUAGAGGUUAGCACGCUAGCUAGCGGCGUGCUAACCACUAGUGCUAACGGUUAGCAGGGCCAGCUAAAAAAAAUAAAAUAAAAAAUAAUAAAUACCGGCAAAAGUCACUUCCUCGACAUAUAUUCCACCGGUCUCACACUUUUCCGCUAGAGUGCCUCCUUGCGGCAACAUGCACAAAUUAGCCGCAUCACCGCAUAAACCGCAGUGUUGAAAGAGUGUGGAAAAAAAAUAACCGCUCAUCGGCUGGAAAUUACGGCAACCAGUUCAGGGUGUGCCCCGCCUCCUGCCCGUUGACAGCUGGGAUAGGCUCCAGAGGAGGCGACCCUUGUGAGGAUAAGCGGCUCAGAAAAUGGAUUGAUAUUUCAAGGGGGAUUGAAAACAAAAUUCUUGCGACAUCUCAACGUCAUCAAAAGUGAAGACAAUUUGAUAUUUUAGCAGGAAAUAUUUCAGCCUUUGCAGGCCACAAAAUUACAUACCAACAGUCACCUUGGAAACGGUGGUCCCGAGCUCUUUUCAGGUGACUGACUAAGUCCUGUGGUGUAGUCCUGGACUGAUUCCCUACCUUUCUGUGGCUCAUUGAGACCCCACGAGGUGAUAUCUUGCACGGGGCUGCACUCCGAUUGAGCUUGAUCGUCAUGUUUAGCUUCUUCCAUUUUCUCACGAUUGCUCCAGCAGUGGACGCUUUUCCACCAAGCUGCUUGGCCAUUUCUCCGAAGUCCUUUCCAGCCCUGUGUAGUUGUCCAAUUUUGUCUUUGGUGUCUUCGGACAGCUCUUUGGUCUCGGCCAUGUUACAAGUUUGAGUCUUUCGGAUUGUAUGUGGUGGACAGGUGUCUUUAUGCAGCUAACGACCUCACACAGGUGCAUCUGGUUCAGGAGGUGGUGGACUUUUAAAAGCGGACUAACGGGUCUUUGAGGGUCUGAAUUCUAGCUGGUAGAGAGGUGUUCAAAUACUUAUUUGCAGCUGUACCACACAAAAAAAUCCUACAUUGUGAUUUCUGGAUUUUUCUUUUUAGGUGAUCUCUCUCAGAUUGGACGUGCACCUACGAUGAAAUUUUCAGACCCCUCCAUGAUUUCCAAGUGGGAGAACUUGCAAUACAGCAGGGUGUUCAAAUAUUUAUUUUCUUCACUGUACAUGCAUGUUUUGGAUCACAAUUUGUAAACUUACGGCAGCUAAAUGUCACUAAGCUCUUCCUGAUCAAAUAUCACGGUUUCAAUAUGUACAAACAUGUAUCAUCGAAAAGCCAAAUCUGAGUCCUUUUGUUCACCAAAAGGGAUCGAUAGAGGCAGAGGUCAAAAUAAUGGGGAACAAAACGGGAAUUUGAACUGGCAACCAUAAACCCAGGAAAGCUGCUGAACAUACCAGACGAAACAUUUUCGAGACUUUGUACCGCAUGCUAAAUCUGGACAAAAAAAGCACUUGGUGUCUUUGUACUUGGAACUGAAUUUGCUUAGUUCACGCUGCUUCUUCACUGUAUGUGGUGGGUCAGGUUUGUCCCCUGGGCCUUGAGUUUGACACCCAAUGUUUUUUGUUUUUUUUUUAAAUACAAGGUCCACGUUUGUUUUUGUUUUGACCCCCCCCAUAUUCCCCCCAAUUUUUAUUUUUUGUUUUUGCAAAUCUAUUGAUUUAAACCUUCUUUUCACAACAUCUUACUGUCAACUUAUUGUAUUUUUUUUUUCAAUUCUUUUUUUCCGCUUUUCUCGUCUCAAUCUCUCGUUCCAAAAACCACGCACCUCUCGAAUCGUCACGUGACCGGACACACCUCGGGCAAUAAAACGCAACGGCCGCUCACGCUGUCCCGACAAGAAGAAGUGGAAGAAAGCGGGGCGUUGGCUUCGCAAAAAGCGGACAGGGUGACAGGGUGAACGGCGGCAAGACGCAAGAUACAAGGAAUUUAUACAAAGGUGAAUUUGGACGAGUCAGCAUUUCCGCAAGAUGUUGCUGUGGCUUGUUCUCUUGUGGUUCGGCUUCAGUAGGAGUGUUGACCCUUCUCAGUUGCCACGCAUUUCUGCGUCCUCAACGGCCGUACCUCCUGUUGCGAGCAGCAUUUAUACCACCGCGAGCAGCAGUGCAGGGAGUACCGCAAGGAGCACACCUGGUACCACUUCAGGGAACAUUCCAUGUACAGGAGCCACGGAUGCGGCCUUCGAUUGCCCAGGGGACGCGUCGGAGACUGCUGGCACAGUGAGCACACCGGGUGGAACGGGAGAGGAGGAAGAUAACGGUUGCGGCGACAUCACAAAGGUCGACACAACCGGUGCGUCAGAGAAAACCGCUAGACAGGACAAACUGAAAAUCAAAGGUGUGGCAGCAUCCGACGCCUUGGCGCGAACGGAUUUGGCCAGAGUGGACAAGUACAAGGAUGUCAUCAAGAGAGUGGGCGAGCAAAAGGGAAUCGAUCCCGCCAUCAUCGCUGGCAUCAUCUCCAGAGAGUCCAGGGCUGGAAAUGUUCUUAAGGAUGGCUGGGGAGACAACGGGAACGGCUGGGGACUCAUGCAGGUUGAUAAAAGGUAUCACACUCCGCGAGGUGAAUGGGACAGCGAGGAACACCUCUGCCAUGGCACGGACAUCUUGAUCGGGUCCAUCAAGCAGAUCAAGAAGAAGUUCCCCAACUGGACUGCAGAGCAACAACUCAAAGGAGGCAUUGCGGCCUACAACAUCGGUGUAGGAGGUGUGAAAACCUACGAAAGGAUGGACGUGGGAACCACCGGAAACGACUACUCCAGUGACGUCGUUGCCAGAGCUCAGUGGUACAAAAGCCAAGGCGGCUUUUAGCGUGAAAAUGAUACAGUUGAGGAAAACCCUCGUCAACGUACUUUGAAUAAAAACAAC